AUGUCGGAGAACCUGAACCUGCCGCGCAGCAGCCUGCGCAUCGGCUGCCUGCUGUCGGGCCGCUCGUUCCUGUCGGAGCUGGCGGUGGCCGCGUUCGGGCCGACGUGGGACCUGUGGUUCGGGUGCGUCAGAUCCCAAAUCCGCUCGUACAGGGACUACGAGGCCGAUUACCACCGCGUCGGCGGCAACCCCGAGUUCCAGAGCGCCGUGCUCGCCUGCCCGCGCAUGAGCCUCGCGCUGCUGCUGGACGCGCAGAAGAAGUGGUACCGGCGCCACGGCGAGGGGCACCAGCUUGAGCUGCGGGAUCGUCUAAUCAGACACGGCCGGGGCGGUUUCGGUCACGCCUGUGACCUCGAAGCCUGCCUCGGUAGUGACUGGGAGUGGUUUGAAAGGCCACAGGUCAUCCGUAUUUUUGACUGCGACCGAGAUUGGCGGAGGCAGCGCUAUAUAGACCUGCACCCGGCCACGCGGAUCCCCGACCACCUCCUGGCGGACCCGAUGGACCGAGACAAGAUCAAGUGGCUGUUCUGGCUGAUUCGCGGGGGAGCGACUUUGUCUCGUCAUCAAACCUGGGAGAUCACGGAGUGCGGCUACCAGAAAGCCAUGGAUGGUGCGGGGAGCAGUCCAGAGCUUGCACUACUGGUUAUUCGCCUCUUCUUCGCUCUCGGAGUUUUCAGCCACCGCCACUGGCCUAAGUUCCUAGUUUCCAAGAAGCUGUCCGAGGCCUACGACGAAUGCGAUGAUGACAACAGCACGGUUACGGCCGACUACAUAGUUUGGAAGUAUGCGGCCCUCAUCCUCAAGAACACACGGGAUUAG